AUGGUACUCAGAAUUGCGCAUCAGAUGGCCUUUCAGAGUCUCAGGGCUGUGCCGAAAGUCGUCGCUCAAGCACCACUUCGCGUGCAGCUGCGGCAGCCUCAGGUCGCCUUUCGUCGUUGCUUUGCCUCGGUUCCCCAGGAACAGCCACGCCUGCGGCUGGGCUCAACAGCUCCCAACUUCAAAGCGCUGACCACCAAUGGCGAGAUCGACUUCCAUGAGUUUAUCGGCAACAGCUGGACCAUUCUGUUCUCCCAUCCGGCCGACUUCACGCCUGUCUGCACCACUGAGCUCGGUGCGUUUGCCAAGAUGAAGCAUGAAUUCGACAAAAGAGGAGUGAAGAUGAUUGGACUGAGCGCCAACGAUAUUGGCUCCCACGGCGAAUGGAUCAAAGACAUCAACGAGGUCGCUUCCACUACUGUGCAAUUCCCCAUCAUCGCCGAUGCCGACCGAAAGGUUGCUUUCCUCUACGACAUGAUUGACCAGCAAGACUUGGACAAUAUCGAUCAGAAGGGCAUUGCCUUUACCAUCCGGUCGGUUUUCGUCAUUGACCCCAACAAGAAAAUCCGCUUGACCAUGAUGUAUCCAGCCUCGACUGGUCGCAAUUCAGCCGAAGUUCUGCGAGUGAUUGACUCGCUUCAGACUGGUGACAAAAAGGGCGUCACUACCCCGAUCGACUGGCAGGUGGGUGACGAUGUCAUCGUGCCCCCGUCCGUGUCGACCGAGGAUGCGAAGAAGAAAUUCGGCGAGGUUCGCGAAGUCAAGCCAUAUCUGCGGUACACCAAGAUCUAG